AUGGCUUCCUUCCUCCCUACUGCUGCAAUUACUCUCCUUCUCCUUGUGCUCUCUCCUUCUCCUAGUGUCGCAAUCGUAGAUGGAGACGGCGACAUACUACGAAACGGAGGGUAUUACUACAUCCUUCCACACUCAUCAAGCAAAGGUGGGCUAACAUUGACACCAGCUAAGGACUCUUCACUCUGCCCUCUUUUUAUAACCCAAGAUUCGUCCAAUAGCCGCGGCUUGCCUGUGAAGAUCUCGACAGUUUACAGAAUACCAUACCUUUCGUCUGGAUUUCCCAUCGAUUUCUCCUUCGAUAAGGUCACCACCUGCUAUAAAUCGCCGCACUGGUGGGUGGCCCCAAGUGAUGCCAACAACAAAUCGUACGUGCUUGUCGGUGCUUCCGGGCCAUUCAAGCCUACUUAUUAUUAUAAUAUUGUAGAAGCUAAAACUGGUAAGAAUGUGUACAACAUUAAGUUUUGUCACACAAGUGAGUCCGAAAUCAAGUGUAAGGACGUUAGUAUUCUUGAUGAUGGAAUGUUGGGAGUCAUCGAGGAUAGUCCUUUUCCUGUUACAUUUGAGAAAUAUUCUCCAAAUAUUGCUUCCUAUGUUUAA